AUGAUUCUGUCGACGAUUUGUAUUGGUGGUGCUGUGGGUGUUUGGCUUGUCAAACUUAUAAACGAUAGUUUUCAAAACAGAUCGUGUUUCACAAAAUGUUACCAUUCCACAAACGUAUCCUGGCAACACGGAAAUCUAAAUCUACAGUUUCUGUUUCAGGAGUUUUCCGGAAACGAUUUGACAAUCGUGUGGGAUGGCACCUACUUUUGCUGUGGUAAGAGUAGUGCUCAUAUGGUUAACAAAUCUACAUAUUCUGGUCAAAAGAAAAGACAUCUAAUCAAGAUUAUGUCACUAGUCUUACCAACUGGUUAUAUUCUUGAUACAAUUGGACCAUUUCGUGGAACAAUGAACGAUGCGUCGAUAGCAGAAAGAAUUUUAGAAAUAAAUAACAAACUUGUGGCAUGGUCUGAUGGCUCUGGUCAAAUGAUAUUGGACAGAGGUUUUCGUGACGUUAGAGAAACGUUCGAGAAACUCGAUUAUGAGACAAGAAUGCCAGAUUUUCUUCGAAAAGGAGAAAAACAACAUUCCACAUUCGCAAGCAGUACAUCAAGACUAUGCACAAAAACAAGAUGGGUGGUGGAAUCUUACCAAGCAAGAAUGAAAAAGCGGCGUUUUCUAGAUGAUAAAAUUGAGGAUUCGUUGAUCCCAAAGAUCGAAUUAGCUCGUCCUUAUGCAGAAGAACACUUAGGUGACGAUGAAAAUUAUUUUCUACAAAUAGGAGAAGGCGAUGAAGAUAUUCUACGAUGCAUCAUUCAGAGUCGACAUUCGAACGCUACUCGAUACAAGAGUUGGAUCCAGUACUCUUUAGUCGGCGAUCCAAUAAGAGCUUGGUAUUGCACGUAUUCGGCAGGUGCUAGAACUAUUGGCUGCUGCAGUCACAUUGCCUCUAUUAUAUGGUAUUUGUCAUAUGCUCGUCAUAACGAUUUCCAUUCAUCUCAAGAUCGUCGUCGAAUUCAACAAGCCAUUACAGAAACAACGGAAGAAUCGGACAGUGAGGAAACAAUCGAUGAAGAAUCAAGUGAAAAUGAAUAG